AAAACAUUUUGGUUCGUCGAUCGCAACAUUAGUGGUGUGACAGUUGACUCCACGGACUCACUAAAAAUGAGCGUCUCAACGGGAGGUCUCUUGGCCUUCAUUGCUAUAAGUAUGGGGAUAUUGAAACCAGUUACGUGUAUCUUUACAGAGAAGGUGAUUAGCGGAGAUCUCGGAUUGCUCCGUGGGCAGGACAUGUUCCAGGCGCUGAUUCGGGAGCAUUUUACGAUGGACACCAAGCACAACCCCUCUCUUGAUCAGGGUUGUGUUAUGAAUUACUUGGGCUCAGUACCCUCCGAAGAGAAACAGAUGCCCGUGCAAAUGGUCCAGACCCUACGUGGCAGGCGAGACGUGAAACUCGAGGUGGUCAGUAUUUUCGACCCGAGCAGUAGCGAUGAGAACGAGCAGCGUAAAGUGGCACGCAGGAAGCGACGCGCCCUCCCAUUUUUCCGACCCAGACAAUAAAAGCCACCACAAUUUUCCCUCCAUUUAAAAAUGCCGGGAAGUGCGGCGGCUGGAGCGGGAGUGGAGGCCCUGGGGAUGCGCGCUCGCCGCGACAACAAGAACAAGAGGAAGAAGAAGAGAGGACACCGGGGACACGGCGGACACGGCGAGUCGUCGUCCAGCGACUGACAAAGACAACCCGAAGUAUUUAUACCGGUGUGGAUUUGAGCGCGAAGACGCUCGAAGACGCGACGGGUUGGAUUUUUGGUCGAGGGUUAAUGUGCACACCGGAGUUAUGAAAUAUUUUAAAAGCCUUAACCCCACCUCCUGUCACUACGUUUGUGUCACUACCAUACUUUCACCGAGGAAAACGUGUCUAUUCAAAUUAAAGACAAGAUAAUCAGUUA